AUGGAAUUGUCCCGUGCAGAUGGCAACGUCUGUCGUGACCUCACGCAGCAACUUCUUCACCAGGCACUGCACGAUUGUGUGGAACUAGGUGUUGCCGCCACACCCGAUGUGAGUCAAGUGCGAUUCGACAAGAAACGGUGGAAAACGCUCGAGUCGAAUGCCCACGUCUCGGUGUAUGCUGAUCGGACACCGGACUCGGCCUGGCUCCCACUGAUGCGGAGACAAGAAUGGGAGUACCCACUUGCAGUCACGGCCGUUGGCCGAAUGGAGUGCUCACUGGACGACGUGCUAUUUGCCGUCAUGACACCAAAUGCUGCGAUUCUCAAGCUCCGGGCUUUCCUCAUGGACCAUCGACUGGAGAAGAACUGUCAACUCGUGCCAAUUGAGACGCCGACGCACGACGAACCGUUUCGCUUCCUUGCUGCCACUCGGUUCGUGAAUACGCACAAUUGGCCGUUUACCAUGUUUAAGAGUCCACGGGAAAUGAUCCUCGCCAUUGCAACCGGGUACACGACCACUGCAGGUGGCAAAGCGUGUGCCUAUGAGCUCAUCCAGUCGGUCGAGUUGCCGUGCAAAGGGUCUCGCAACAAUACGCUCAUGUCCCGCUCCCGUGCGUUGCAAGCCCGUCUCUUCUGGACCCAAGACGACGGAUCGAGUGCUGUCUACUGCAAACUUGUGGUCGACGCGAAAAAUUGUCUCUCCGACGUUGUGAAGCAAGGGACGCUGUGCCAAUCCGUGCUGAGGUUCUGGAAGUUCGUCCCGCGCAGUCUCGAGACAAAAAAGCUGUGGUGGUGUGUCAAGAACAAACGGCGAUUGAUCCAGGAGCUCCGGACGACUGCGCCGUCUCAAUGUGCCGAGAAAGUUGCAACGUGUGCAGCCAAGUCGCUCAAGUCACAAAGCAAACGUGGUGCCGUGACUCGGUGUGAGUUUUGUGAACAGGAGCUCUGCGGCGAUCCAAAGUGCCGUCGAUCGUGCCAACUCAAGAUGAUCCUCAGUAGCCGAACCGGCAUUCUCGAGCAAAUGCUGACGCUGUGUCUCCGAUGCGCGACCUUCGUGCGGAACCAGAAGGCUGCGGACAUUGCUCGGGCUCAAUUGGUUGAACUGGAUCAAACGUCCUAUUGCAGCGGGGCCUCGUUCACGAAGGUCUCGAGUGCCCGCAAUGAAGAGGACUCGUUGUUGCCGUCCCGUGGAUCGACUGAAUUGGCUUGA